UGAACACAGGUGUAUGGGCUUCCUGUCCCGGAGCAUUGUGGGAGUCCGUCAAGAUGGCGGCGUCCGCUGUUAGAGGGCUCCUGAGCGGCUGUAAGAGCGGGUGUGCGGCGUAUGUGAGGAGCCGUGGGUACAGUAUCUUCAAUGGCUUGGCUAAAAGAUCCAGUGACAACACUUCUUGGCCCCAGUGCUUAUCUUUCCAUACAUCGGCAGCUCGGAGAGGAAUUGAGGAGUUCUUCGAUGACCCAAAAAAUUGGGGAGAAAAGAAUGUGAAGUCUGGUGACUCCUGGACCAUUAACCAGCUGAGAGGCAAAAACAGUGAAGACUUACACAAGCUUUGGUAUGUCUUAUUAAAAGAAAAGAACAUGCUAUUGACUUUAGAACAGGAGUCCAAGAGACAAAGAACUGCUAUGCCAAGUUCUGAGCGGCUCUACAAGGUAAACAAGUCUAUGGAAAAUCUUGACAAAGUGGUUACAGAAAGGGAAGAUGCUCUCCGGCUCUUACAGACCGGUCAGGAAAAUGCAAGACCAGGAGAAUGGAGAAAGGACUGCUUUGGGGAAACAAUAUGGCAUUGGUUUAAAGAAUGGCCCAUACCUUGGUACAUGAACACUCGCUACAAGAAAAAUAAGUUUUUUGCCUUGCCAUACGUUGAUCAUUAUACUAGACUAAAGAAAGAGAAGGAGAUGCGAAUAGAAGCAAAAAAGCUAAAUUCUGCAAAAGAUAGACAAAAGAAAGUAGAGAGAAGGUUCCCACACCUAGCUAAGAAAUCGUCACUUGCAAAAUAAAUACGUCUGCACUUUUAUUUACACUGUGAUGUGUGUGUGUUUUUUAUAAAGCACAAGGUUGGCACCUGUUAAUUAAAAAAUAUAUAUAAAUUA